AUGGACUCGUCGGCGUCGCGCUGGGCCGCGCCCGCCGUGUCGGCUGCCGGCGUGCUCGCCUCGGCGAUCAUCUUCCUGCUGUGCAUGACGUUCGCCCUCGCGCUCAUCUUCCUCCACCAUCGCUACUUCAGCACCGGCGUCGCGCCCAGCGGUCGUCGUCGUCGGGCGCGUGCGCGGAGCGCCCGGACGGCGGGUCCGCCUGCCAGGGGCGUCGACCCGGAGCUGCUGCGGUCGCUGCCGGUCACGGUAUACCGCGCCGCGGGCGACGUCGGAUUGGUGGACUGCGCGGUGUGCCUGGCCGGGCUCGAGGACGGGGAGGAGGCGAGGUUCCUGCCCGGGUGCGGCCACGGGUUCCACGCCGGGUGCGUCGACAGGUGGCUGGCGGCCCACACCACCUGCCCGCUCUGCCGGGUCACCAUCGCCGGCAGGCCCGAGGCUUCGACGUCGACGAGUCUCCCUCACGUACCGUCGGAGCCGGCCAACUACGCAGCGAGCCUGCCGCUGCCGGCGAGUGUGCUGCUCGGGGUCUCAGACCAGGCCACGCUGGGCGCGGUGACCGUGGCCACUGACGGAGUGCUGGUGAUCGACGUUCCGGAGCCAAGGAUGGUGGCAGCGACGACCCCGCGCGACGCGUCCAAGUCUCCCGGCGUGGCCGGGCUGAGGUCGGUGAAGAGGCUGUGGAGCUUCGGGAGGCAAGGGCCGUCGGGGUCCACCACGCCCUGCGCCGGCGGCAGCGCAACGGCAGACGUAGAGCGGGGCAUUGGCAUCGCCUGCGCAACCCCGUAG